AUGGUGGUGAAGAUGAUGAAGUGGCGGCCAUGGUCGCCGCUGACAACGAAGAAGUUUGAAGUAAAAAUUACAGUUGAUCGCCUCCGAGGCCUGGACAAAUUUUCUGAAAAGGGUUUUGAUUCUGAGCGAUUUGUUGUUGAAAUUAGAUGGGAAGGUUCGAAAUCGAAGGGCAUUGGUCUGACUUAUCUGAGGCCAGGCGUGAGGCGAAACUUCACAAGAGAAGGGACUUUGAGAGACGAUUGGGUUGUGGAAUGGAACGAAGAGUUCCAGAGCUUCUGUAGCUUUUCAGCUAAUAAGCAGGGCAUUUUUCUUCCCUGGGAAGUAACCUUUACAGUCUACAAUGUGAGGAUUGAAGCAAGGACCAAAAACCAUGCUUCUCUCAUUGCGACUUCUUCUCUGAACCUUUCAGAAUUUGCCUUGGCAGAUCAAGGAAAACAGCUUGAAAUCAGUACUCCUCUUACCGUUCCUGGCGGAAGCAUUGAAUGCAAUCUAUCACUAUGUUUAUCUCUCAGCUUUCUGGAAGUGAGGUCUUCCCCUGAAUCUUCAGAGAAAGUACUGGGACAAUUAGCAUCAUUUCCGCAAUCAACCCUUUCUGCAGAUGCUUUAUUAACAGAGAAAGGUGAUACUUCUAUUAAAACAAGUCUAAGAAAAGUAAAAACUUCUACAAGGUUUGCUUCAGCACGAAAAGCAAAGAAGGCCUGUCAUGAAGAAGAGAACAGCGAUGGGAAGAGUUCUACCAGAAGCGAGGAUGGUGCAUAUGCUUACCCAUUUGACACUGACUCAAUUGACCAUCUAGAUUCCGAAGACUUGGAGGAAGUAAAGGAGGAAGAUUUUGGUUUUCGAAAGUCAUUCAGUUAUGGACCACUAACAUCCUAUGCAAAUUUUAUAAGGGCCUCAACUGCAAGCAAUAGUGUGGAUGAGGACUUGGUCUACUAUAGCAAUAGCAGAUCAGACAUGAGGCACUUUCAUGUUGAGGAGUCAACCUUGCUGCAGAGUUCAAAGCGCAGCAUUCUUCCCUGGAAAAAGAGGAGGUUGAGCUUCAAAUCUCCUAAAGCAAAAGGGAGCCACUGCUGA